AUGGCUCCAAGAAGUAACCGCCGGCGUGGCCGGGAUGGCCACUGUGGUCGUGACGACCGCGGCAGGGACCGACGAGACGAUCGCCGUGAGGCUCGAAGGAGCCGCAGCUCGAGACGAAGAGAUCGUCGCAGGUCGCCAACGACGGAGCCACGAAAGCGACGGCGUCGCAGCCCAGAGACGGAGUACAGCAGCAGUUCUGGCUCUGCUUCGUCCAGCGGUAGCGGGGCGAAGAAGAAGUCCGCCGACUCAGACAAGGACGAGAUCGUCCACUUCUCAUGGUCCAAGGGGCAGAAGAUGGGAGACAAGAAGGAGUAUUCCAGAUACCAGGUGCAGAAACUCCUUGGCGAUGGCACGUUCGGCAGAGUCCUUUUGUGCCAUGACUCCAAGCAGGAUCAAGAGGUGGCCGUGAAGGUUAUCCGGGAUGUCCGCCGGUAUGCUGAAAAUGCAAAGAUCGAAGCCGACAUUCUUCGGGAUAUCAAGAAAGCAGACCCGCACGGCAAGAGGACAAGGAGUGCGAUCAUGUUUGACACAUUCCUGUUCAACGCGCACUUUUGCCUCGUCUUCGAGGUGUGUGGCUGCUCUCUGUACGAUUUUCUCAAAGAGAACAACUUCCGAGGCUUUUGGAUGCAGGACAUCCAACACUUUGCAGAGCAAUCGCUCGACGCUUUGGGGUUCUUGCACAGCCGGCUGCAGAUGACCCACACAGACCUAAAGCCAGAGAACAUUCUCUUGGCGGCCAAUGCGCCACCGCGCCGGAGCGACUUUCCAAGGGAAGCUGCCUGGCAGGAGAAGAAUAAGAAUUCAAAAAAUGGUCAUACGUAUUUUCGACCUGUCAGCAGUGACAUCAAAUUGAUUGACUUCGGCAAUGCCACGUACGAGGAUGAACAUCAUUCAUCCAUCAUCAAUACGAGACAAUACCGAGGUCCUGAGGUGAUCCUCUCGAUGGGCUGGAACGAGCUCUCUGAUGUGUGGUCCAUGGGGUUGGAGGGAAGCAGAUCCAGAUCCUUGCUUCCAACUCCCCACAUCGUGAUGAUCCACGCGGAAAGAUGUGGGAUCUCCCUCAAAAGGAUACACAAUGAUACACACCACUACUAUGUGGCCCACCCCACAUAG